AUGAAGACUGAAAUGAUUGCAGCAGCUGGCCUGCUAGCCACAGCCGCCAAGGCUGAUUCUAUCUUCAGUGGAAAUGGAUUCGGCACAUACUACUACGACAUCGACUCUCCUUCCGCCUGCAGCACCGAUUUCUCGGUCGCAAAUACCGGCCAGGUUGAGUGCAGUCUUACCCAGGUGUAUACUCUCGAAGAUGUCGGCUCCGAAUACCUCGUUGCCAUGAACCACAGUCAACUGAUUUCCGAUAUGGGAAAAUACUGCGGCAAGAAGGUCGAGGUCACAGUCAACGGUGUCAAGUCUGAUCUGCCCCUUUUCAUUGGUGACGGAUGCUACCGAUGCUCCCAGGGAACACCUGAUCAGGAUACUUGGCAACCUGACGGCUCUCCCGGCCUAGACUUUAGCUUCUCAGUGCUGGAUAAACUUUCUUCGGAGGCAUGCACCGAUGGCCAUAUCGAUAUCAGUUGGGAGAUCGUUGAUGAGUCGCUUUAUACCUUUGACUAUGAUGGAUCAGGAACUCCCCAGGGUCCCGUUAGCGGUGUCACCACUACUGCCAUUACUACCACUACGUCUCCUACUACUUCUCCGUCGGGAUCUGCUUCCCCUACCACAUUGGCGACAACCACUUCGCCUGCCUCGGCCUCUGCCACGCCGACUAGCUCCUCGUGCAGCAGCAACACCUGGCAAUGCAACAGCGAUUCGACUGCCCUUGAGCAGUGCGUCAACAGCAGCUGGACCACUGUCGAGACCUGCGGCACUGGAACUACCUGCCAGGGUACCUCCAACCCCUACUGCGCCUAG